AUGUCGAAAGAACCACCGAACAGAGACAAUCAGGGAAGGAAAAGUAUCCUUAAAAGUCCCAGUCAGACAUCGAAAGGAGCACCCAGCGAACGUAGAAAAUCCGCUCACUGGGACGAAGAAAAUAUUCAGGAAACUCUACAUCCAGCUAAUAAGGACUACGGACUAAUGAAAAUAGACGAACCAAAAACUCCUUUCAACUGGGAAAGCGGAUGUGAUCCUGAAUCGCCGAGUACAUCUACAGCAGCCCCAAUUGCCCCUGGAGUCGACGCUGACAAAUUGAAGGAAAAAUUACAGAAAGAAAUCAAUUUAGAUGAAGAAUCGUUAAGACGAAAAAAGGCAUUUGAGCAAAAGAGAAAAGCACAUUACGAUGAGUAUAGACAAUUAAAAGCAGCUAAUGCUCUACUGAAAAAAGACUCUGAACUCGAAGAGGAAGACGAUGGAACUAAAGAAGAGAAGCCACCCGAGAGAACCGGUAGCAAGACAGAAGCAAAAGAAAAACCACCUGGCCCAGAACGCAAAUCUUCACAAACUGCUCAAAAAAGAGAAUCAAAAAUAUUGAAAAAAGGAAGUAUUAACCCCCAGUGA